AUCUAGGGUUUCUCUUUUAUGUCAAUCAUGGCUUCGGGACCAAGCAAGACAGAAGCCGAGACGGCGCAAAUCGUUUCCACGGCGCCCAUAGAAACAACCACUGAAGAAUCCGCCGUCUCUUCCUCUCUGAACAAGGACAAAUCCGACUCCGACCCGAAGGAAAAUGAUUCCUCCAAUGACGAAGAUAGCAUAGUGGACGACGGAGAUUCAGCAAGCGAUCAAUCGGAAUGGGGAGUGGAUAGCUUCGAUGAUGAGGAAUAUUUUCAUCUGAUGAAGACUCUCAUACCGACGAAGAAGUUGAGGGAAAAGCCCGUCUUUAUAAACGGAAUCUCCACUUUAGCCAUGUUCGGCUUUCUUGUUGAAGAAGGGAUUGGUCCACGUCCACGUUCACGUUCCGUAGGUUGUGGCUAUAUCUUACUUAAAUCUCUGGACAGUGAACAUUCUCCGGCUAAAGGAAGGACACAGCUUCAAUACGCACAAGACAUGGCCAAAUUGUCUCUUCGCAAGUACAAUGCCUUAAACACUUCGUAUAUCACUUUCAUGGCGAAAGAAUCUAAGGGAGAUGAUACGCUUGUGGAGUAUCAAGCUAAGGGUUUCUAUUUUAUUUCAAUCAUGGCUUCGGGAUCAAGCAAGACAGAGACCGAGUCGACGCAAAUCGUUUCCACGACGCCCAUAGAAACAACCACUGAAGAAUCCGCCGUCUCUUACUCUCUGAACAAGGACAAAUCCGACUCCGACCCGAAGGAAAAUGAUUCUUCCAAUGACGAAGAUAGCAUAGUGGACGAUGGAGAUUCAGCAAGCGAUCAAUCGGAAUGGGGAGUGGAUAGUUUCGAUGAUAAGGAAUAUAUUUCACCUGAUGAAGACACUCAUACAGACGAAGAAGUUGAGCGUAAAUCCCGUAUUUAUGAACGCAAUCUCCACUUUAGCCAUGGUUUUCUUGUGGAAGAAGGGUUUGGUCCACGUCCACGUCCACGUUCCGUAGGGGGUGGCUAUAUCUCACUUGUCUCUCUCGACAGUGAGCGGUCUCCGGUUAAAGGAAGGACACAGCUUCAAUACGCACAAGACAUGGCCAAAUUGUCUCUUCGCAAAUACAAUGCCUUAAACGAAACCAAUUUGAAAUUGGAUCAUGUUGUGAGAGUGACUCAAGGGCCUUUUUUUAUGCAGCCGACUUCGUAUAUCACUUUCAUGGCCAAAGAAUCUGAGGAGGAUGAUACGCUUGUGGAGUAUCAAGCCAAGGUUGCCAAGAAAUUAAAUCCAAAACGCAAGACUUAUCCUAUGUUUUGCAAGCCUAGUCCCAAGCUAGAUCUAGAUAUGUAGUCUAAAUUAUCUUUUUAAUUAUUGGAUAUAACGCUAAAUAAUUAGAUGGUUACAUGGUCGUUUUUGCUUCUUGUUUUGGAUUUCUUCUAAUGAAUGUUUGUCCAAGCACUAAAUGUUAGUUUGAGAGUGUUUAGACAUACGUAAGAUUUGUCAAUAAAAUAUGAAAAAGCUU